AUGCUUGUCACCAACAAACAGUUAGGUCUUGGACGCUCCCACAGUUGGGACACGCUAGGGGGGAAUGAGGGUCAGUGGGAGAGGCAGUGUGACAGUGUGUACGAGCAGCAGGCUAGAGUAGCAGGCCGACGAAACUCCCUGUCAUACGCGGAGGGAGGAGGGUGGUACGAGGCUCCACCAGGGGUGCGUCCCCCUGACCUGGAUUUGAAACGUGCGCCGUAUUCUUACCAAGACACUCCCUACGGACAGGUUUACGCAGAGCGACAGGAUCCACGGGGACUGAGGAAGGGCUCUGUGCCGGAUUUAAACCACUACGAACGGGCACCCAUGUCUCACAGAGGAUCCAUUUCACAUCAGGAUUACUAUUCGCAUGACCCAGCUAUGACUCCGCGACCACCUGAGGGCCUAUACCGGCCAGAGCACCAACCUCCGCCACCUCAUCCUCAUCCACUCAGCAGGUCAGGCUCACAUUUUGGAAUGGUACCUGGAGCUCGUGCUGUGUGGGAUCAAGGUCAGCCAGGUAGAGGAGUACCUCAGGCCCCUUUAUCACCUCUACCACCUCCUCCCCCUCCUCCAACUGCCCAUGAGUUGAGUCGAGGUUAUAGAGAACCUAGUGCUGGAAAUGUUGCCAAGAUGAUGCAAGAUGGCCAACAGCGCUUACCUUCCAGGGACCCAUCUCCUUCUCACUAUGGUAUGGAGCAUGCAUCUCCUAGGUAUGCCAGCGAGCCUCCUCCUCCUACUGGCCAGUCGGUUUAUACGGAUAUUGAUGGCCGCCCAGUAGAUCCACAGCAGCAGGCUGCUACCUGUCUGGUAGUGGAUCCUGCCAGUCAAGGAGUUGAAGGCACCUUGAGGGGUAUUCGGCCCCAGAUUAUGAAUGGGCCGAUGCACCCGCGCCCCCUGGUGGCGCUGCUGGAUGGGCGCGACUGCACCGUGGAGAUGCCCAUCCUCAAAGAUUUGGCUACUGUUGCUUUCUGCGAUGCCCAGUCCACACAGGAAAUACAUGAAAAGGUGCUGAAUGAGGCUGUAGGGGCCAUGAUGUACCACACCAUCACCCUGACCAGAGAGGACUUGGAGAAGUUCAAGGCACUGCGCAUCAUCAUACGCAUCGGCAGCGGCUACGAUAACAUCGACAUCAAGGCUGCCGGGGAGCUCGGCAUCGCAGUGUGUAAUAUUCCCUCAGCGGCUGUAGAGGAAACAGCAGACUCAACACUUUGUCACAUCCUUAACCUGUACCGGCGAAAUACCUGGCUGUACCAGGCUCUCCGGGAGGGCACACGAGUUCAGAGCGUAGAGCAAAUCCGGGAGGUGGCGUCGGGGGCUGCCAGAAUCCGAGGGGAGACGCUCGGCCUCAUCGGAUUUGGCUGCUCAGGCCAGGCGGUAGCCAUGCGCGCCAAGGCGUUCGGUUUCAACGUCAUCUUCUAUGACCCCUACCUCCAGGACGGCUUGGAGCGCUCGCUCGGGGUUCAGCGCGUCUACACCCUGCAGGACCUGCUCUACCAGAGCGACUGCGUGUCACUGCACUGCAACCUGAACGAACACAACCACCACCUCAUCAACGACUUCACCAUCAAACAGAUGCGUCAAGGUGCUUUCCUGGUCAACUCUGCUCGGGGAGGUCUUGUGGAUGAGAAAGCGUUGGCUCAGGCCCUAAAGGAAGGCAGGAUACGCGGCGCCGCCCUGGAUGUCCAUGAGUCUGAGCCGUUCAGUUUUUCACAGGGUCCCUUGAAAGAUGCCCCCAACUUAAUCUGCACGCCCCAUACUGCCUGGUACAGCGAACAGGCAUCGCUGGAGAUGAGAGAGGCCGCUGCCACGGAAAUUCGCAGAGCCAUCACUGGCCGUAUUCCUGACAGCCUUCGAAACUGCGUCAACAAAGAGUUUUUUGUUACCACGGCACCUUGGGGGAUGAUUGAGCAGCAGCAACCCCAAGUUCACCCUGAAAUCAACGGAGCUGCCUACAGAUUCCCCCCUGGUGUGAUGGGCGUUGCCCCCGGUGGGAUUCCCGGACCUAUGGAAGGGUUGGUUCCCGGGGGAGUGCCCAUCGCCCACACCCUGCCCCCUGGCACCCACCCGUCACAGGCCACCUCCCCCAACCAACCCUCUAAACAUGGCGACCCCAUGAGAGAGCACAUGACUGAGCCGUAGAAGGACUGCUGCUGUAGCCGAGCGAGGGGCAUAAAAAUCAGUGUAAUCUAAAGAACCUCCAGAGUCAACCCAUCCAACUGUAUGCUUGACUUCAGCCAUCCGGACCUACCAGCAGACUGCCUGCCGGGCGAUGUUUCACACCUUUUCUUUUUGUAUGAAACCACUAAGCCCAAGUGAGGACAGUGGAUGUCAGAACACACCUGAGCUGCCACACUGAGAUGGGACUGACCGUCAAACUCAUGCGCAGAAGAUCUGACUUUCUCCUCCCUCCAUAUCUGUUUUUGUUCUUCACUAAGCUCUUCGCUGAAUUUCCGUUAUAUGUUUUAUUAUUGUGUAUAUUUUAGGGAAAUUCCUCCUGACUUCUGGGACAUGUUGUGAGGAACCAAACGCAGGAUGGAAACCGGACCCGUCCUCCCUAGUUAAAAGACAACCCAUCAAUCCUCCUGUUUCUCUCAGUUUCACCCAUGUCUGCACAAUGUCUCCUUUUACUUAGUUUGUGUUUUGUUUUCUUUACUCUUUUCCAUUUAUCCUUUGUUCUGUGUUUUUGUUCAAGUUUUUUUGUUCUCCAGUGUGAAAACGAAUGGAUUUAGUUAUAUUUAGAAGAAGAGAAAAGUGUGGGACUCCGUCUUUGCUCUUUUUUUUUGUUUGGUUGCGCAUGGUGAAUCCUGAAUGUAAAGACAAGAUGUGGGGCUGUAGUUGUGGAAGAAAAUUUCAGCAUAUGAAGUAGAAAUGACCCUUUUAAAACAAAUAAAAAGGAACUAAGAAGAGGAAAAACAACUGAUAUUCAUGGUUAGACGUUGUAUGUUUGAAUGUGAAACCUCAAUUGCAUUUAGCUGUUGUAACCUUUAUGGCUCUGCUGAACCGAAGUGCAGCUGAUUUUUGUUAUUUUCAUAAACAGAAUAUUGUCUGUGUUUUCUGUCGGCAUUCAGAGGAACCUAGAUUACACAGCAGCAAAAAGCUUGAGUGGUAUGAAAGUGGAUAAAGAAAAACAGGAAAUCUUUUACUGACUCAGGAAAAAAAUUAACAUCAAAUCUGAACAGAAAACAAACUAAAAAAAAAAAAAAGAAAAUUCUGGAUUACUGCUUUCCAUGUCUUUCUCCAUUGUGGUAUUUUUUAUAUAUCAAAUGUACAUUUUUUGAUGUUUUUCACUCCUGUUAGAUUUGUAUUGCCUUGUUAAAUGUUCAUAUAACCGUAGUCUUACGUGAGCCACCCUCCCCGCCCUCUUUCCUCCUCUCAUAGUUUCUUCUUUGUUUCUCUGGUCUAAUGAAAGCCAGCUGUGGCUCUGCGAACAAACAGCAGCCACAUCCAUCUCUUCAGCGCUGUGACGUUAGCAAGAGGCGGCUGCUAGCAGAUUGUUUGGUUUUUAGUGUGAGUAUUUGUAUUUGUUUCUCGUACAAGGUGAACAUAUAGCAUACAGUGCAGCUGGAACCAAUAAAUAAGACUUACUGUUCUGAUUGAU